AUGCCGAAAAACAAGAAGUUGGAUCCAGAGUAUGUUUUUGAUCUCACCGUGGCGUAUCCAGAGCUCAUGAAGGGUAUCCGACCGUCUCCGAAGCGGAUUAUCAGGGGACAAUUUUCACCUGAGGUGCAUAUAAACGUAAAGCGAUAUCACCAGUCGUUGUUGUUGAAGCAUAAGGAUCAAAUGGGUCGAUGGCUAAAGGAUCGCUUCGCUGAAAAAGAACAGCGAUUGCAAAGUUUUUACGAAACUGGCGCGUUUGAAGGCGAGCAGCGCGUGUGCAAAAAAAUUCCGCUAUGGAGUCUCGUGGUCCCAUGCACUGUUUUUAAUCUGAUGCUGUGCGGUGUUGCGCUUUAUCUAUUGAUCAAAUCUCCCCAUGUUGCGUGCUUUAUUUUUGUAUCUAGUGCUGCACUAUCGAUUAUUCAAGCUUGGAACUUUGGCGAUUGA